AUGGCACCUCCUUUGAAGUGCCACGGCACGUUGAUCAGCGACCUGAGCGAAAAGGGUUCGGGCGCUCGGAUCCGCUGGCCAGCCAACGCUCGGCUUCUCAUGUACGCACAUCUCGCACGCCACAAACUACACCUCGGAAAUUGCCAGAACCACCGCUUCUCUGAGCUUGUCAAAUCACUCGACCUGGACCACGGCGUCGAGUUCAACACAGCGGUUCAUCCGCGGCUCCAGAGCGCGCUCAAGUAUUCCCUUGAAUCUCUCAGUAAGAUGGGGCAUGUUGAGCUGUCAAGGGGAUCACAGAGACGCCAUGUCGCAAUUUGGGAGCCGCACACCGACGAAUGGGCAAAGCCCGGCUGGGACGGAAGCCUGGGCGGCCCGGAGAACGAGGAAUCUGACUCUGGCGACGAGAUGAGUCUUGACAUCGAGUACACGCAGCCAGUCCAGCUUUCCUCGCCAGAGUUUCAACUAGCGGCUCAAAAUCAGGUGGCGAAUACACCAGGGAACUUCCCCGAGACCACGCAGCAGUCCCCACCUUCCUCGUCUGAGUUUCAACCAGCAGCUCAACUCCGGAGAUUGACAUCGAGUGGCAGAAAAGAAAGAAUGAAUACGCCAGCAAACGUCCCGAAGCCCAGCCAGCAAUUCCAAUCUUCCUCAUCAGAGCUUCAGCUCGCAGCUCAAACCCAGAGGUUAGCAUCAAAUGACCAAAGAGACAGGAUGAAUGUACCACCAGGAAACUUCAGAGGACCUGUCAUGUUGCCCAGCCACCCCAAGACCGCGGCACCUCAGACGGGUCACCCAACCGUCCGAGUUGGCUCAGAAGCCAUCUAG